ACCUAGCGAGCAGUGGCAGUACAGUGCAAACAAUCACCAAAAUGGCAAGCAUUCUUGAUUGCCCGAUUGUUUCGGUCAACGCUCGGGUGUGGCGCUUUUGGUCGUUCGUUUUGAAGCACGAUGCCAUGCGUUAUAUCAGCAUUAUACCGGUGACUGUCAUGACAUUUUUCAUGUUCACGGAUUUGUGUCGUUCGUGGGGAAAUAUUCAGGAGCUCAUAAUCAAAGCCUACUUUGCAGUGUUGUACUUCAACGCGGUGUUGAGAACUCUAAUUCUAGUAAAGGACCGUAAGCUGUACGAAAAUUUCAUGCAAGGGAUAUCCAAUGUCUAUUUUGAGAUUUCUCAUAUCGACGAUCAUAAAAUCCAAAGCCUACUGAAAAGCUACACGGUUCGUGCUCGAAUGCUGUCAAUCUCAAACCUUGCGCUCGGUGCCAUCAUCAGUACCUGCUUCGUAGUCUAUCCAAUUUUUACCGGGGAACGUGGUUUACCGUACGGAAUGUUCAUCCCUGGUUUGGACAGUUUCCGCUCACCGCACUACGAAAUAAUUUACAUAGUGCAGGUUGUUUUGACAUUUCCCGGUUGCUGCAUGUACAUCCCUUUCACCAGUUUCUUCGCAUCGACUACUUUGUUUGGACUGGUGCAAAUCAAAACCUUGCAACGCCAGCUGCAAACUUUCAAGGACAACAUAAGCAGCCAGGACAAGGAAAAAGUCAAAACGAAAGUUGUCAAGCUUAUCGAGGAUCAUAAGAGAAUCAUAACUUACGUCUCGGAGCUGAAUUCACUUGUGACUUACAUCUGUUUUGUCGAAUUUCUCUCGUUUGGAAUGAUGUUAUGCGCUUUACUUUUCCUCUUGAAUGUUAUUGAAAACCACGCGCAAAUCGUCAUCGUCGCCGCCUACAUCUUUAUGAUAAUUUCUCAAAUCUUCGCCUUCUACUGGCACGCCAACGAGGUACGGGAGGAAAGCAUGAACCUAGCCGAGGCAGCCUACAGUGGCCCAUGGGUCGAGCUGGACAAUUCAAUCAAGAAAAAGCUCCUGCUGAUAAUUCUACGGGCCCAGCAGCCCCUGGAGAUCACAGUAGGCAAUGUCUAUCCGAUGACGCUGGAAAUGUUCCAAUCCCUGCUGAAUGCAUCCUACUCGUACUUCACCCUGCUGCGUCGGGUUUAUAAUUAAAAUGGAAAAAUAAGAAAUGGAGACAACGACGAUGGACACAGUGGCUACGAAACUUGGACUAACAAACGCACUCGAACGAACUUUUUUUUUUCUAAAGAGUAGGAUCUCACUUUUUGGCAUCAACACAGCAAGCCUUGGGCUCUCUGGCAUUCACAAUGUUUUACAUUUUCUGCUGCAUUGCACAAACAUUUACCUUUUGUUGUUUGGCUAUUCAUGUAGAAGAAGUGAAGUGUUCAGUUUUGUACUGAUAAAUUCGAGCAUGAGCAAACAUGAAUGGAUAAGCAUAUUGAGAUAUUUGUAGGAAUAUAAAGUGACUGCUUUUCUUGUAACAUGUAAUGGAACACUAUCUAAGCUAUGAAACUGUUUCUAGCACUCUAACGCUUUCUCUGUGUGAAAUGAA